CAUACUGUUGUAUUCGCCGAUAGCACGGAGUUUAAGGAAUGGGAAGUGGGCUUCGACGUCGACACAAUCCGCACCGAGGAGUAGAAGGAGUGAAGCAACGACGACAGAGGGGGUGUUGUGUGGCGGUGGGGAUUGCCAUGGCUACGCUUGCUACGGUGAUGCUUGGGAACGCGAGGGUCGUUUGGUCCUUUUCGUUCCGAUGUUGCACCGCCACGGGAAGGUCGGUGUCCCCAUCGCCACGGUCUUUGACUUCGUCGGGAUCAUCCUCCUCCUUUCGUGGCGAUACGAUGCGGCUGAAGCUGAGACCGAGGAUGCUCCCACCGUUUCACACGCGAGAUGGCAACCCCAACAGACAUCGCUGCUACUCGGGGGCAUCAUCGCUGUGCAUGAUGCCGGAGGGCCCCGAGGUCAGAACCCUCGUCGACCAGCUGCAGGGUGGGAUCGGGAAACGGCUUGUGGACAUCAAGUUUUUGUCGGGUCGAUAUCUCCAGCAACGUCCGAAGGGAUUCUCCGACUUUGCCGGGACCAUGACGCCGCUUGCCAGAGAAAGCGAUGACGGCAGCAAAACCAAUAGAAGAACCACCAUCGACGUGAUCCGUGACAUCAAUUGCAAGGGGAAAUUCAUUUACAUGCUCCUCGACGAUGGAUGUGUUACCAACAGGAAAAGAGACGACGAUGCCCGUAAUGAGGACGACGACGACGAUUUUCAACGGAGCAUCUGGAUCACGCUCGGGAUGACGGGGCGUUUCGUCAGCGAACAAAAGCACUUGGAGGAUCCGAGUUACGGGCGGUGGGUAUUGGAGCUGGUGGACGACGAUCGUUGCAACCAAAAGAAGGAAACUCAUCGACAGAAUCCCGAGCAGCACAGGAUAUUCUACCAUGACAAGCGAAACUUUGGGACCGUCCGGUUUUGCUUGUCGAAGCAAGAGCUGGACGAAAAACUCGCCUCGCUCGGGCCCGACGUUCUGGCCCUGGCUCGGGAGCGCGCCAGGAUCGACGAUGUGGACGAUGCCUCCGUCACCAUUGACGACGAGCUCGAGGCCCGGUCAUCCGACGCGAAAGCGACCCAGGAGUUUCUUUCCCUCCUCGAACGACAGCGCAAUCCACGACUCAACGUUUGCAGGUUCCUCAUGGACCAGAAAAAGAUUUCCGGGAUCGGGAACUACAUCCUGAGCGAGGCGCUGUACCGGGCGAGCAUCGAUCCCUUUUGCGGAAUCGACGAGCUGUCGACCUCGCAACGGAUCAAGCUCUUUCAGCAAGCGAAGGCUGUGUGUUACGAGUCCUAUGUGUCACAGCAGCAAUCCCAGCGAACACAAGCAACAAGCGAGCCGUACACGUCGGUCCGGUCCCUCGAGCCAUUUGACUUCCAGCUGAGGGUCUAUGGUCAACUUAAGUGCCCCAGAGGCAGCCCCGUUGUUCGAGAAACCAAUGGGCCACAUGGCCGGACAAUAUGGUACACAAAUGACCAGCUUUUUGUGGCCCGAAACCUUCGGGAAGAGCGGGAGCAGCAACAGCAGGAAAAAUCUCUCGGAGCCUCGGCGACUGCCAAGAAUUUUGGAAACGAAAAGGAGGAUCGCUGGACCAUCAUCCGGAAAGACGGAAUCGAUGUCGGAACAAACGAAGCUGCUGUGAUUCCCGACGAGGACAACAAGGGUAUCGCGGUUUGGAACCUUCUCGACGGAUUGCACGAGCCGGGAUGGAAGCAAGCUCUGGAACCGUACGCAGCCUCGUCCAGGUCCUUCGAGGGCCUCAAGAAGUUCCUAGAGGAGGAAUACGCUACCCACGGAGAACACCAGAUCUAUCCCCCCCGCCACCAGAUUUUUGCGGCCCUCAACCUAUGCCCCCUCGAUAAGGUCAAGGUCGUGAUCCUUGGUCAGGAUCCCUACCACGGGCCCAACCAAUCUACGGGCCUAGCCUUCUCCGUCUCUAAGAGUAUUUCCAAGAUCCCGCCCUCGCUGCGCAACAUUUUCAGGGAACUCGACGACGACGUCGGGAGCGGCCUGGGUGGCGGUCGACGUCCCCCCGUGAUACAGCACGGAGAUCUAGAGGGAUGGGCCAGACAGGGCGUCCUGAUGCUCAACACCGUACUGACGGUCCGCCGGGGCCAGGCCAAUAGCCACCAGCGAAAGGGCUGGGAGGACUUUACCGAUGAAAUUGUCUGCAUUUUGCGGGACCGUGCGAACGAGGACAGCAAGAAUCACAACAAAGAAUGCGACGACGACGACAACAACGACGGAGACAAGCGCGGCGGCAUUGUGUUUUUGCUGUGGGGUGGACCCGCCGCGAAAAAGGCCAAAUCGAUCGUCGAUUCCGAUGCCAGGCACGUUGUCAUUGCCACGAGCCACCCCUCUCCGCUGGGGGCCACCAAGACGGCCUCUCCGUUCUUGACCUCCCGAUGCUUUUCCAGGGUCAACGAGGCGCUUAUCGAAAUGGACAAGACGCCCAUCGACUGGUACAACCGGUAAACGGUGACAAAGGAAAUACACAUUUCUGGGGGGGAAACGCACAGUCGUGUGGUUUGGUUCGCGAAGAAAUGCGUUUCGUUCUAUUCCAUUUCUAUUAGUAUUGGAAUAUUGGAACCAUGAAAAUAAAUGAUAUUUAGACCU